UUCCCUAGACACUUCUUUGUCAGUUUAUCCCACUUUUUUUAAAUAAUGAAACCGGGGGCCUUUAUUUACAAGUUGGUGGUGGAAAAAAUCUUCAGAUGUAAAACAUCACUUUGAAAAUGAGGAUUACUUUCAGUCUCGUCUGGAUUCUCGAAAUAAUAAUUUUCUCCACGAGUGCACAAGGAAAUAAAAACAAGACAAUUUUAUAUGCACAAUCUAAAGUCGUCGGAGGACAGAGAUUACCAAUUAUAGAUCGACCGUACAUGCUGUCUGUUCAUCUUAGACAAAAAGGUUUUCAAUGUGGUGCUAUUAUCUUAUCGGAAGAAUGGGGACUAACAGCACAACAUUGUUUCAGAAUUCUGGAUCCAAAACAAUAUGUGGUUCGAGCGGGAUCAGAUCAAUUUCAAAGAGGUGGAUCAUUACAUCGAGUGACGGAAGUUGUAGUUCGUGAUAUUUCAUUUUUACAUGAAAGAAUUCCACUUUAUGAUAUUGCACUAUUUAAAGUUUCACCUAAAUUCAGAUUUUCAAUUUUCGUUCAACCGGCAAAAUUACCAUCUGCUGAUUUAGAAUAUGAUCCUCCAAUACUUGUCAUUUCCGGUUGGGGUUCAACAAUGUCAUCUACUGGCAAUCGUAUGUCAAGAAAGGAAAAAGCAGUGGUUUCAACAUAUUUAAUGGGAGCUCGAGUACCAUUUGUGAGCUAUGAAAAAUGUUCUUUAGUGUAUCCUGAAAUUUUGCGAAAUAAUUUGCAUAUUUGUUAUGGUGGUCGUGGACUUGAUGCUUGUACAGGUGAUUCAGGUGGACCACUUGGCGAUAGAUAUACUGUUUAUGGGAUUAUUUCUUUCGGAUAUGGUUGUGCACAACCACAAAUUCCUGGAGUUUAUACCCGACUAUCAACACACAGAGAAUGGAUUCGAACAAUAUCAAGUGUAUAAUUUCCUAUGUUAUAUAUUGCACUAAAAAAAAAAAUUCGAUUUAAAUAAUCGAUUACUUGACUAUUAUAAUAAAUAUUUAUUU